GUUGUCAAAGUUGGUUGACGUCGCGCUAAGCUAGCAGCUGGAGAAUCUUGUCCUAAAUAUUUUAAAAAAUGUCAGCUGCAGAAGAAACCACUGAGAUGACUAUUCCUUGCGUGCUCAUCACUAGCUCUGACAGUAGUUUUAAAGAAGAAGAGCUGAUAAAACAGAUCCUCGUUACGAAUACUUUGCCGGAGCCGACCAAGCGAGAAGAAACAGUAGCCUGGUAUCCAUGGACAAUCAACAACAAAUAUUAUACAGCAGAUGUCAGCCUGUGUGUUGUACCAAGCACUUUUCAAAUGUCGUCAGAGAUCGCCCAGUCCAUGCAGGCUUUCAUCGCUUAUUUUGACAGUACAGUGAAGGAUGGUUUGGAACGUCUACAUCCGUGGAUAUCAGUGGUGGAAGAUCUUGCUCCAGAGGUGCUCAUUCUGGUGUGCGACAGAGUCUGUGAAAAGGGGGUCACCAGACAUGAAGCACAGCAGUGGUGUUUGGCUCACGCCUUUGAGCUGGUGGAACUCAAUCCACAGGAGCUGCCAGAUGAAGAUGAUGACUUUCCAGAAUCCACAGGGGUAAAGAGAAUUGUCCAGGCUCUCAAUGCAAACGUGUGGUCCAGUGUGGAGAUGAAGGAUGGGCACAAUCAGGGGUUUGGUCUGAUGAGCAGUUUGGUGGCCUCCAGACACAACAAUUCACGGAACUGCCAAGAUCCACCAUCUUCCAGCGUGCCAGCAGAGGGCACACUUGUUAAUGAGGAUGCCAGCCACACACAGAGUAGUGCACACACAGACUCACAAGAGGACACAGUAGUUGAUGCAAUGACUGAUUUGGACAUUCAGGAACUCGCUAAUCUGACAGCUGGAGAUGCAGAUGUGGAUAACUUUGAACGCCUCUUUACCAAAUUAAAAGAGAUGAAAGACAAAGCUUCUUCAUUACCUCAUGAGCAGAGAAAGGUUCAUGCAGAGAAGGUAGCAAAGGCGUUCUGGAUGGCCAUUGGUGGCGAUGUAGAUGAGAUAGAUGAGUUAUCAUCGGGUGAGGAAAGCUAAAAGCAGCUACCUGUGACUCUCCUUUUUCCUGAUCCUCUUUUUCUUGGGGCUCCCACAAGAUCCAGCGCCCUUUGACCUGCUUCUUGCACUUGGAAAGUGGAGAUGCUUACAGAUGAUACUGUAGGCAUAGUCAUGUUUAGAAACUUUUGAUUAUUAAAAUGAAAUGAUUGCAGUACUGGUGUAUAGCGAGAAGCAGAUGGAAAUCCUGUAUAGGGAGAGAAGAGAGCCAGUGAGUGGCCCUGAUCCUCAGUCUUCUCUCCAAGGUCCCUUCACUACGCUUUAAGCCCUGAGUGAACCUCAACACAUGAUGGUGUUAGAGGCAGAAAAACAUGAAAUUAAAUUAUGUGGGCUUUGCUUUAUGUAUUUGUCCUUUAGGUGCAGUUGUCACUUAUAUUUUCAAGUGACAUAAUGUGCCUUAUGCUCCAGAGUUUUAAGAGAUGUAAUACACAUUCUGUUGAAUCAACAUAAAGACUUGUGAUUUAAUUUU